AUGAAUUCGAAACGUCGUACCAAUGAUUAUUCUGAUGAUGAAGGGACGCCUCGUCACAGCCGUGGCGAGUCGUUUAGGCAUCGGCGAUUUAAAAGAAGGCGAUCUUUAUCACCGAGAAGGUCGGAAGGUGCUCUUGGGGGAGAUCUUUACAUUCCCGACUAUGAUAAAGAUGGAUAUGCACCUGGGCCGAGAUAUGGGAAGCCAACAGAAAUGCGUUAUCCACCGCCACCAUAUCAUCCAGUAAUGCCUAUGGGAUUUAAUGUUCCACCGCCUCAACUGAUGCCACCAGGAGGUCCGUUGAUGCCUAUGGAUUGGACAGGACCCCCAGGAAGACAAGAACCGCCGAAAGAUCCAGCAGAAUUAGAUUUUCUCGUCACAUACAAAUACUUUGUCGAUUAUCUCAUGUAUAAAAACCCAAACACCCGGUGCGAUGACGAGGAACUUCAUAGAAAAUAUAGUGCAUAUAAGGAGGAAUUUGGUUUCCGACAAUUGCGUACGUUCUUUGAAACUCACAAGGAAGAAGAGUGGUUCCUUGAAAAAUAUGAACCAAAACAUUUAAAACCGCGUAUUGACGAAGCCAAUGAAUUGAAAAAGAAGUUGUUUGAGAAAUUUGUCGAGGAACUGGAUGAAGGAAAAUUUGAUGACAUAUCAAAUGACACAGUCGAACCAGUGGAAGGAAAAAUAGAUGAGAGCGGAUCAGAACAGAAAAACGAACAAGAAGAGGAGAGUAACAGACUUUUCAUUAAAAGUGUGCCUCCAACAAUCUCCCGAUCCAAAAUCGUUGAGAUGUGCGAGCGAGUCGAAGGUUUUAAAUAUCUGGCUCUUUCCGAGCCAAAUCCUCAAAAGAAGUUUCACAGGUUAGGUUGGAUUGUCUUUACAGAGGAGACAGAUAUGGAUGAGGCGUUUAAACAACUUAACGAACAGAAAAUCGAUGAUUUUAUUUUCUACCUUGCUCGACACAAGAGUCACAGCGGUCCUGUUCGCAAUCGGGUUGCUCCCGAAACAGCUACCACACCCGAAAGGUUAAAGAAAGAUCUUGAACGUGUAGAGGAACUUAUAAGCAAACUAGACAAUGACAUUGGUAUCGUUGGUGUCAAGGAAAAGAUUAAAGAUAGGCUCGAACGACUUACAGAAAGUGUAGACGAUGAAAAUAUGCGGAUUAAGAAAUCUUUGGAUCUUCACAUGGAAUACCUACGUCGAACUCAUUUAUUCUGUUACUAUUGCGGUAGCGAUUCUGAUUCUAUGGAAGAAUUCACUAGAAAAUGUCCCGGCCGUCAUUUGAGGAAGUCCGCUGCAACUAAUGAAACGAAAGCUCCCUCAAAAAAUCCGAAAGAAAAAUCCAACAGCGCAGCACAGUGGAUUAAAACACUCGACAACAAAAUUGAUUUAAAACUGCAUCCCCAGGAGUUCCUAGAAAAAAUCGGAACUCUUGGAGGAAAGAAGGUGGAAACUGAGAUAGAUAAUCUCAUACGGGACAAUACUGCAGAAAUGGAACCAGGAGUUAAAUUCCGAUGUAAAUUAUGUGGUAAACUAUUCAAAGGUCAAGAAUUUGUACGGAAGCAUAUCAAUCUCAAGCACAACGACAAACUGGAAGAAGUUAGAAAUGAUUGUGCAUUCUUUAAUAAUUAUGUGCUCGAUCCGAAUCAUCUUCUUCCGACAACACCUCCAAACCCGACAGCUGGUUUAUUGGUACCGCAAAACAAUCCUCCCGUACCACCUAAUCCAUUCCCAGUUAUACCUAAUGGACCGCCACCACCAUUCCUUGGCUUCAAUUUCCCUCUCAUGGGAGCAGCAGCAGGGACACCACAUGAUCAAAUCCCGCGUAUAGGGUUCGAUGACAGGGGGGAUAUGCGUGACAGUCGUGGAGGAAGAAGAUCUCCCGGAAAAAGACAGCCAUCCUCUCGCUCUAGGCUCAACGAUGCGAACAUGAGUUUCGAUCCGCGUCAGGUGAAGUCAUACGUUGAUUUAGAUGCACCAGCUGAAGGUGAUAUAGAGAUUCAAUAUUGA